AUGUCCGAUAAUGAAUUCCCAGACGAUGAUCAUCCUUUUCUAGGAGAUGGAGAUGCUGAUGCCCUAGAGGAGGCGUACAUGGUGUGGCUAAUGUGGAUGACAAAUGAGAAUGUUGGUCGUCGAUACCCUAUGCCCCAACACAAUAUUGGCCUUCGGGGGGAUCAAUAUAUCCAGGGGGUUUUGAAUGGGAACCCUCGGACCUGCGUUGAAAUGUUUCGCAUGGAAGUUACCGCAUUCGAGUAUAUAUGUCAAGUCUUGCGGGAUACAUUGAUAAUGGAGCCUACUGAGAGAACCGAGUUGGAGGAAUCAUUGGCCAUCUUCUGCCUUAUUGUUGGUCAUGGACAAGGUCAACGUGUCGUUGCGGACCGCUUUCAACAUUCAACUAAGACUAUUAACCGGCAUGUAAAGACAGUGACGCGGGCACUGCAUGAGUUAGGGAGGAGUUUGAUUAGGCCUACACACAUAGUUGGGAUCCAUCCAUACAUUGCAUCCAAUCGGCACAACUAUCCAUGGUUUCAGAACUGUCUUGGGGCAAUGGACGGCACAAUGAUCUCAGCUGCUGCACCCGCUCAUCUAGGUUAUUAUUAUCUUGUCGAUGUGGCUUUUCCUUGUAUUGAAAUGUUUAUGCCGCCUUAUCCAAGAGAAAGAUAUCACCGAUCAGAUCAUUAUAAUAAAGAUGGUUUUCGGGGAUAUAAAGAUUAUUUCAACUACCGACAUUCCUCGUUACGAAACGUUAUUGAACGCACAUUCUCUUUGUUGAAGAGGAGGUUUCGAAUUUUGUAUGCCAUGCCUCCCUAUCGCCCUGUAAGGCAAGGCAUGAUCAUUACUGCAUGUUGUACACUACACAACAUGAUAAAAACAGUGACUCCUAAUGAUGAAAUCAUUCAGGGCAUAUCGAAUCAUCGGUCAGAAAUGCAAAAUAGCUCUACUGAAAAUGAAUCAAAGGAAACAUCUCCUGUGGUCGACAUGUCCAGUGAAUCGGCCCAAGCAAUGGGGGCAAUGAGGGAUGCAAUUGCUUUACCGAUGUGGGCACAUAGAUUUGGCCAAUGA